AUGAAUAUAGAAAGGGUUACGUAUGAGAAUAUGGUGGAGACGGAAUUAGAAGGUGAGUUAGGGUAUGAACUAGGGUAUGAGCUAGGGUGUAGGGUAUUGUUAAGAACAAAUCUACUAUGUACCAGAGGGGUUAGGGAGAAGAGAGAAGAGAAGAGAGGAGAAAGGAGAAUGAGAAGGGUUAGGGUUGGAGUUAGGGUUGGAGUUACAGGGCUAGGUCCAGGGCUAGGUCCAGGGUUAGGGUUAUAUAAUACGAAUCAAUGA